UAUAGGCUUUGUGGAGGGUUUCCUUUAUCCUGUUUCAAAGAUGAAGGAGGCAAUGUUAUUGUUUGGCAUAAACCUUCUGCUAUAUGGCAGAUCUGCUUCUCUGCUGGUACUAGAUUACCCUGUUUCCUUAUACUACCCGGACUCCCGCCUCUCAACUGUUCUUUGGCUCCGACCUGCCUACUGCCUGUAUGAACAGUGGACCAGAGAGGACUUGGAUCCUAGCCAGGCCUCCCGGAAGACAGCUACCAUAGAGGUGGAAGUGAAACCAGAAGGAUACAACCACACUUAUAAGAUUGGUAGGAAGUUCCCUAUACCCUAUUGUGGCCCAGUGACAGAGGAGCCUUUGAUCACAAAAGACCUCGCUUAUGAGGUGGGGCCCACCUUAGUUUGCCUCCAGGAAAACUGCACAAAAGCGGUCCUUCCUGGGCGAGGGUACAGUGCCCGGUACCUUCUCUACAAUCAAAUCCAGACCCUCCUUGCUGCAACCAACUGGUCCCAGCCUUUCCACACACGAGGUCUACCUAUCAGUUUCCGUUCCAUGGAUGUUGCAUUCGGAGGCCUCUCAGGAGGGCUGGUGGCUGUCAUAGUCCUGCUAAGCAUCACUGUGUUCCUACUUUUGGGGGCUGCUUGGCUAAUUGUGGCUGGAUGGCAGCAGUGAUCUUCCCCAACUUUGUGAACCGGAAGCACUUAAUGACGGAAUCCUGACCCAGUGUAGGAUUCCAAGACCUGCCCACAUUCCAGUGUCAUCAGUGUUCUUAUUGC